UCGUCUUAUGGUUCGUGUUGUGCGUGCAAUUUUGUCUCAAAGCUGAUGGCAGUGCACCCGUCUUCCACUGGCUCUUAACAGCAACUGAGUGGAUGUAAUAAAUACAUAUUUCAUCUUCUGCUCUGCUGGACUGUAUCUACACUAUCUGUGUGACAGAAGUCACCUCAGAACACGCAGAUUACAAGUGGUUAUUUAAUAGCAGGGAACUAUUGUGCACAUUAACUUGCCAAGUUAGUGUCUGCAGAGCUGUGGUCAUUUUACAAGGUCCUUCAAGCUGUGCAGCGUGACAUUUAACCCUCGAUGAUUGUGCGGCAGUUGACGCGUAGGGGACUGACCUCUCAUCUGUGUGCGGCAGUGAGACUGAACUGGAGCUCUCCAAAGAUGGCCAGACCAAGCUCAAAUUUAGCAGAGUUUCGUGAGGAUUUUGCUAAGGCCAAGCACAUUGCUAUCAUUACGGGGGCCGGAGUGAGUGCAGAGAGUGGAGUACCAACCUUUAGAGGACAGGGGGGCUACUGGAGGAAGUGGCAGGCACAGGAUUUGGCAACCCCUGAAGCUUUCUCUCGAGAUCCUUCUUUAGUAUGGGAAUUUUACCAUUACAGGCGUGAGGUUAUGCGCAGCAAGAUGCCAAACCCAGCACACCUGGCUAUAGCAGAGUGUGAGUCCCGACUCAGCAAGCAAGGGCGCUCUGUUGUGAUCAUCACUCAGAACAUAGAUGAACUGCACCAUCGUGCUGGUUCCAAACAUGUCUAUGAAAUCCACGGAAGUCUGUUUAAAACCCGCUGUAUGAGCUGUGGAGAAGUCAAAGCCAACCACAAGAGUCCAAUCUGUCCUGCUCUGGAGGGGAAAGGAGAGCCUGACCCCAGUGCCAAGGAUGCCAGAAUACCAGUGGAGAACCUGCCCAGGUGUGAAAGGAGUAGCUGUAAUGGAUUGCUGAGGCCUCAUGUGGUUUGGUUCGGAGAGACUCUGGAUUCAGAUAUUCUCACUGCUGUGGAGCAGGAGCUGGAACAAUGUGAUCUCUGCUUAGUGGUGGGCACCUCCUCCAUAGUUUACCCAGCAGCCAUGUUCGCUCCUCAGGUGGCAGUUAGAGGAGUGCCUGUAGCUGAAUUCAACAUGGAGAGCACACCUGCUACUAUGCGCUUUAAAUAUCACUUUGAGGGUCCUUGUGGUGUCAUACUGCCUCCCGCCCUGGAACGCCACGAGAGCGAGAUCAUUUAAGGAGAAAGAAGGCAGGGCUCACUGCAUAGAGCACUUUAACUGAGAGCACAUGAACAGGCACUGGAAUUUGGUUCAUGCCUUCAUGUGAUUAUGGUUUGUGUGCUUUGAAGAUUUACUGCAAAAUUAGGCCAAAAUUAAAUUUUAAAUAGUGUCUUCUUGAGUGUUUGCUUGGCCUGUUUACCAGCGUUUCGUGUAAGUUGUGUCUUGGUAGAUUUUUUCCAGCUGAUUCAUGGGUAACUUCUUAGUGUUUCCACAGUUAUGGAAAACGUGGCAAUUUGCAAAUCGUAAUUUCCAGACUCAGGUAACUCAAUGAAAAUAUUUGUAUUCGAGUUAUGGAAAUUUCCUUCGUGAGUAAGUUUUCAAUACAAUUAGCUCUGAAAUAUUUAUCAGCUAAAAAUAACUGGCUGGAAAAAUCAUGGAAAUCGAUUGGUCAAAUGUUGUGGAAACCCUGAAUGUAGGACUAGACACUGGUGCGUUAUAAUGAUUUUGAAUGAGCUGUAUCAGGACAGGCACACACAGAUACAGUGGAUGUGGAGUCAAAAGUUUUAUUUUAAAUAAAAUGACCAUGAAAUAAAGCGUCUAAGGGGAAUACUUGAGAACACAUGAGAGAUAUGAACAGGAUUUAUAAUUGGUUUUCCUUUAAAUUCUGUGGUGUUAGGUGUAAAAGCUCCAGGUUUCCUUUGCUUGUUUGUAGGACUUGGACAGUUUAAAAAAAAAAAAAGGUGAUUAUGUAUCAU